AUGUCGCAACCGCGGUCGAAGCUCCCCACUUAUCUCGGCCUGGCCGCCGCUGGUGGCAUCGGCUACUACCUCUACACGGCCGGAGGCAGCCCCAAGGCCGCGGCGGAUGAAGCCAAGCGUUCGUCAACCCUCUCCCCCCAUCCUGACUUCACGGACGAUGCAACCAAGGCCUUUCCCACCUCGGACAAGAAGUCGGCUGCCGGUGUCGGCAGCAAGAUUGACAAUGCUGUGCAAGAGGCAGAAAAGUCGUUGCACAACGCCAAGACCAGCGUCGAGUCGUAUGCAAAAGAGACGAAGGACGAAAUCACUCGCGGUUUCGACAAGGCAGACAAGAAGAUUGAGGAGGGUGCCGCCAAGGCGAAGGGCUGGUUCAGUUCUAAAUAA